UUGCGCUGCUCAACUUCACGGCCUCUACUCCCGACUAUCACGCGGACCUCAAUUCUACCCAGAGCCCCUUAUCGAUCGCCAAUCGUAGUGCAACAGCUCGCCAAGAUGUCCACUGAAUCUACGCAGAGCAAGGCCUGCUGCGACACGCCCGCCGUCGUCACCAAAGGCUACCAGCCCAAGGGCGACUACAUUACCGUCGAUGGCUUGAAGACGUAUGCCACCGGCCCCAAGGACGCCAAAAAGGGCAUCCUCGUGGUCUACGAUAUCUUCGGCUUCUUCCCGCAGACUCUCCAAGGUGCCGAUAUCCUGGCAUACACGGAUAAGGACAGCCAGUACCAGGUCUUCAUACCGGACUUCUUCGAGGGCGAACCGGCGGACAUUUCCUGGUACCCGCCAGACAACGAGGAGAAGGGCAAGAAGCUCGGUGAGUUCUUCAAGGCCAAGGCUGCGCCGCCGAAGACGCUGCCGAGGAUUCCUAAGAUCGUCGAGGAGCUGAAGAAGAGCAAGGGCGUCGAGACGUGGGGCAUGGUCGGAUACUGCUGGGGCGGAAAGAUCGUCAACUUGUCGUCUAUGGAGGGCACGCCCUUCAAGGCCGCCGCAUCGUGCCACCCCGCCAUGGUCGCUGGAGAUGACGCGCCUGGUGUCACGAUCCCGUUCGCCAUGCUCCCGUCCAAGGAUGAGAGCAAAGAGGACGUCGAGAAGUGGCAGCAAGGUAUCAAGGUUCCUCACCUUGUGGAGUGGUUCCCGGACCAGGUUCAUGGCUGGAUGGCGGCGAGGGGCGACUUGGAGGACGAGAAGGUUAAGAAGGAGUACGAGCGCGGCUACAAGAUAGUGCUCGACUUCUUCCACAAGCACAUGUGAGCGCUCCACGCUUGCUGAGGCAUGAGGAGGGAUUGAAAUCAGCAUGGAGUACUGAGUUCUUUAGGGAUUCAGGAUCGAAACUCUAGAUGGCAAUGGAAGGAUACCGUAGGUCCAUCAGAAUCAUAAUACUUACCUGGUUCUUUGAUUCUGGCCUCACUUGUGCCUCGCAACGUUGAAGUCUAAGAAUACUUUCGCCUGGUCUGGCUUCAGAUAGCGAACCCCGACUAAGAAACACGUUCGGUGCAUGGCGGGCACACGGUUGUCAUGAUCCAAUUCUGUUCUGAUAUCAAGGCUGUUAGGAAAGCACUAGCUCUUUGCGUUUCCGUUGUCACGCGAGGCAGACAUGGGAACAGGAUGCGGAAGUUCUCCUGCUGAUCAUGUUGAGUCAGCUG